UCUAUGAUAAGGAAGGAACAUCAUAUUCUUUCCUCCCCAAGUCCACCUUUAGAACCCUUUUCCAGGGGAUUAACGAGUGUGGAGAGAGAGAGAGAAACAAUAUAACAAGAAAAGGAACAUGAAAGAAAUCGUCAUUAAACGCACUUGAAGUUCUCUCUUCCUUCUUGCACCUCUCUCUAAUUUAAUCUUAAACCCACUCCAGGUUCCCCCAAGGGACUUCUCUCUCUAUUUCAAGAGAGACAGAAUCAGAAGAGUCCAUUCCUCCUGAUUCCCACCCAAGUGGGAAUAAAAACAGGAUUCCACUCUUUCUUUCUGUUCCUCCUCUCAUCCCUCCUUCCCCUCCUCCUCUCCGUCAUGACGUUGCUGGCCUCUGAGAGGUCGCUUCUCAUCCGGAACAAAUUCCGCUCAGUCUUGCAGUUGAGGAUUCAGAACCGAAGGAAAAAUGAAAUCGACUCUGGGUUGAAAACUGCCUGUUCCUCUCACAAAGGAGAGAAAGACCAGAGUAAAGCUUUGCGUCUAACUGACGAUGGCGCCACUCAGAAGUCGCCCCUGUGUGUUCUGAACAUUAAAACUGCACAAGACAGGAGUGUAUGUGGGACCGGAAAGCAGAAGAAGGCUCGGCCGGCUAACAACCUUGGAGAAAAGGUCCAGCAGCGGCCCGGACCUCUGGACCUAAUACACAAACACAUACUGCCUCCGGAGAACCGCCCAGUCUCCUUCCCUCUCCCCUCAGAUGUCUUCCAAGAUGGCAUCUCUUCCUGCUCUUCCUCCUUGUCUCCCGAGCAACUCGGGGUCCUCCAAUCACCAGCCCUCUCCUCGUCGCUGGGGUUCUUAGACGACCAAUCGCUGAGUGACCUGUCCCCUGGGGUCUUGCCCCUUAACCAUAGUCCCACCCAUGUUCAGUCUAUCUUGGCUUUGCUCCCAGCAACCGAGGGCAUCAGCCAGUCAAUGAGCAUGACCGUGGGCGACUCCAACUCCAUGGCAACGACCGGGAGACCAAAGGGGAUGUAUCUGACCUCCCAUGCAACGUCCCUGCUGCCAAAGACAGCCCGGUCGCUCACACCUCCCUCCGACUCCUCCUCCCUUACUCCCUCCCUGACUUCCUCUCGCCCCCCCCGCCCGCGGAAACCACGGGAUUCACAGCCCAAGAUGAGGAAACUCAAAUACCAUCAGUACAUUCCCCCCGACCAGAGAGGCACGGCCGGGACUGCCGGGGGAGGGGCCAGUCAGAGGAGCCCCACCCCAGCCCAGCUCUUAGACCCCGCCUACUCCAGCCUCCUGCAGCAACAGCAGGUGUUCCUCCAGCUGCAGAUCCUCCAGAACCAACAACAACAACAGCAGAACCAGCAGCAACAGGACCAGCAGCAGCUCACCGUCACACCCAGUGGAGACACCAACCAAAUGGUGAGGUUCUCUGGAGCCAUGCACCAGAACCCUCAGCCUGUAUCCAUGGUAACAAACCACACCUCUGUGGACACAAGUCCCUCCAACAAGUCUGAGCUCCUCCCACCUAACCUGGUCGACCUCACGGUGUCUGAGUUGCGACAGCAGCUGCGUGAGCGAGGUCUUCCUGUCUCCGGCACCAAGCCCGCCCUCCUCCAGAGGCUCCGCCCUUUCCAGUUGCCCCACCUGUGCUUGACUCCUGUGCCCCUCUGCCAGCUGGAUACCAGCCAGGAACCCCUUACCCCCACCUCCUUGCUCACCCCCAGCCACUACCCCAGCUCCAGCCCCAGCUCUGGAACUGACUCCCCCACCAACAGCCCUAACCAUCAGGUCUACAUCCAGUCCACUGGAAUUCUGAGCGGGGUUCCAAACGGAAUUGUUAAUGGCAUUCCGAAUGGUAAUACUAAUGGAAUAGGGGUCAGUGUGGUGGGGGAGCAGUGUGGCUUCCUGGCCGCUGCGUUAACCCCAUCGUCGACACCCAGCCCCGGUCUCCCCCCAUGCUCCUCUUUGCCACUGACUGGCGCCCCCUGGCGGUCGGAGCAGGAGCAGCAGGAGUUGAGCCUGGAGCUGGAGAUGAGGGAUAGGAUGAGGAGCAGGCCCAGGGAGAGGCUAUCUCCUCCUCUGUCUCUAUCCUGUGGGGGUUCCCUCCAUCCCUUCCUGCAACAGGAUCCAGGAUGGCCCAGAGGGACACCAGAGAGGGAAGGACAGACAGAGAUCCUGUUCACACAGGUGUUCUGCUGCCAGCCGUGGGACGUGAUUGGCCAGGACUUUGAGCUGCCUAUGCAGAUCACAGCCAGUCCCAUUCAAGCCCCACCCAGCGUCCGCAGUCUGGAGGAUGAGUUGCAGGAGGCCAUUAACAGAGUACUGAUGGACCCCAGUCAGUCAAUAGAGGACAUUCUGGAGGAACCUACCACCUGUGUGGACUCCCACUCCUCCUCUGUCUCAGACCUCCAAUCCCCUGUCACUAUCCUCCCCGGCCCCUCCUCUCCUCCCCAACCAGACCAGUCCCAGCCUUUCCGUUGUCAUUCAAAGGAUGACAACUUCCUAUCCUCUCCUCUCUGCUCCUCCCUCCUGCUGGAGCUCCCACCGUCACCUUCGACGAUGGUUCCCUGCCAAGCCGCCCCACCCCCUCUCCCUCCCCCAUCUGUACUUCUCCCCUGCCUCCCACUGUAACCUCACGGAAGAGACGGGUUCAGGCAACCUUUGACCCUGCUGAUUGGUUGGGGUCGCUAGCCUCUGGACUCCGCCCUCUCAGUCCUCCAUCUGCCCCAUUCGUUGAGACCGACUUUGGCCUCAAUUCGGAUCUGAACGUCAACCGAGCGUUGGAUCUCAUGGUGGAGCAGUGGUGAAGGUCUUAGGUGUGUUUGUAUAUGUAUGUGUGUGUGUGUGUGUUAGUUAGACUUUAACAUACACCUCCCAAACAAUGGGAACAGAUUUGUGAAUGUCCAUCCAUCAGUCCAUCCAUCCCCUCUGUCCACUCUGUGAGUGAGUAGUCUGUUUGAGCGAGGUGACUGCAGGUUUGUACCCCACGCAAUGUCGAGAGACAGAUGCUACUGCAUUGGAAGAGAUGAAAAAAGAUUGAGUUGCAUUGGUGGAACAAUAACUGGCAGAGGGAAUCACACACACACAAACCUUGAGUUGUCCUGUUAAAUAAAAAAAAUGGCCAAAUACAACAAAUGAACAAUGCAUAUUUGGAGUCACACACAAUCCAACACAUUGUUUCCCAUUAUAAACAAAGAAACCCAGUUGAACAGGGCCCCUACUGUUCCCCCAGCCACAGUCAUUGAGUCCGAGUCAUUCAUAAAGGCCAUUGAAGCCAGACUGGGCAGACAGACAGGGCACACAGCUUGUCCAUGUCCCCAGACCUUUCCCCUAGUGCCAGACACACAGUCGGCAUGUGGAGAGAGAGAUCUGGCAGACACACUUCCCUGUAAGGGUUGUGUGGUAUGUGCACGCCUGGCUGCUUCUGUUUGUGUAGGUGUGUGUGUUAAUACAAGUAUAUUGGCAACGAUUCAGAUAAAUAUACAAUGUGUUUUAAUACACACACACAUUGUAUAUGUAUCUGAAUUGUUGCAAAUAUACUUGUAGCUCCUACUUUGUGUAGACUAAGUGUACAAUGUCUCUGAGUAUUGAUUUUGUACGGUUGAUCUGUGUGAGAGAGAGAGAGCGAGAGAGAGCAAGAGAGAGAGCGAGAGAGAGCACGAGAGAGAGCAAGAGAGCAUGAGAGAGAGAGCAAGAGAGAGCGAGAGAGAGAGCGAGACAGAGACAGAGACCGAGAGCAAAGCCGCUUCCACAUUUUGUGCCUAUUUUAAUUGUGGUCUCAACACUAGUCUGUUGCUGCAAUAUAUAACACUGUGAGGGGGUCACUAAAACCUAAUGAACCACUUUGUUCAAUUCAAUGCUUGUCUUUUUUUUUUAUUUAAGAGAAGAAAAAAAAAACCUGGUAAACAUCCUAUUAAGCCAAAGAUAAAUAGCAAUCACUCUGAGAGGCUUCAGAGCCUGCAAGACCACCAUAUUAACCAGAGUGUAUGUUCUCAUCAGUGUAUGAGAACAGGUGGCCACUGUUUUAUGAGGACCUCCCACAGUGUUUGGAGGAAACAGCUUGGUGCUCUACACACUAUAAGGGCCACAGUCACUGUUUACACCUGUUGUUAUGGAGAUAAAAAGGUCAAAUAAAGGUUAUGCGCAGGAUAACAAUGGCAAUUCAUUUCAUGAAACAAUUUCAUGAUUUUAGCUUAAGAUAUUUUCAGUGCUUUAUCCCAUACUGUAAAAACAGGUAGAAUCAGGAAAUAAAUCUGUCCCAAAGAGAGGCUGUUCUGAUUUUCUGCAGGAAAUGACACAGGUGUUCCCUGAGACCACAAUAUUUCUCUUGGCCAGUUCCAAAUCAACCUCUAGCCCCUAGGCACUUGAGGAUAGUUCUGGAUAGAUAUAAUCAAUAUGGUAAUAGCUCCACCAUUCCCCUGAUAGGCUAUGUGGAACUUUCCCCAUAUCGCACACAGCUAUCCAGCCUACUAGAAGUUGUGCCCUGGUACGAGGGGCUAGAAGCUAGGGGUCCGUAUGAGAUUGGCCAUAUUCAUUUUAAAUGACCACCAGGGGUGUCCCAUCAGUAAAGAGCUGAGGAGGUGAAUACUGUACUUCUCCCGAACAUGGAUCAUGAUGAAGUUGUCUGUGUUUCCGUGCUAUCAGUGAUUGACAAGGCAGUCCAAGGGCUUAUUCUCAGACUCAGAACGUUCAGUAUUUACAGAGCAGAUAUUAUUCUCUAUUCCACAUGAUGUUCUACCAGAUCCAAUGGUUCUGAGGUCAUGACAGACUUAAUUCAGCUGUUGUGAUUCCGAUUAGUUGUUUGGCCUGUCAAUUAGUGAAGUAUGUGAGCACUGAUUAUGGCCUGGUCUGAGAGCAACCCACAGCCUCUGUUAGCAGUAUGGCGACUUCUCCACCUAGCCUCCCAAUGGGCUUAGGGGAACUUCUGCCAUAUUUCUUCUGCCUAUCUGGUUCAUGUAGAUUAGAAAACCAAAGGGGUGUAGGGGCUAGGGGUUGUUUUUGGACCAGGCCUGUGUUAUGUUCAUUGGGAAAAUACAACACAGUGUGCUUUCCUAACCUCCUAGCUGACUCGACACCCUUCUUAAAGACCAUUGUGUGAACAACAAACUGUGAUCUUACUAAUGUUCCCCAGAGACAUUUAUUUAUAUAUAUGGUUCUGAUGUUUCCCACCCAGUCUCUGAAUAAUAACCACUGCGCUAAGUGCAAUAUGGUGUAUGUGAAGGGCACAGCCAUUGGGAAAUACCAGGCCCCCAUAUCUCUGUCUUGUCGUUACUCUAAACAAAAUGGUGUAAUGGGUCCUCACUCAAAAAGAUGUUGCAUAAAGCUUAGUUCAUUUGACGGUUUUCACUGCAUCAGGGAUAGCAUACACAGACGUUUCGGCUUCACAGCCUUCUUCAGUGUGUAGGUACAAAUGUAUUUGAAUUCAAAACAGCAUUUGUAGGGAACAACAGGUUAGCAGCAGGUGCUUCUAAGCAGAGUUACCAAUCAUCUGCCAAGCUUUCAUGUUGAAGCAUUUCACGAGCAGAUUUCACCGUAGAACUGUAGAAAACCAUGUUGAAUGGUGACAAUGGGACAGACUGACGACCGUGAUAAUCACGGUGGUCAAAUAGGAAUCAUUCUCUUCCCCUACAUCUGUGCUGAUAUCACCUGACCUAUGUUAGGAGUGUAUCACUUUCAGAAUCAUUGGAGAGGUUGGUGGGUUGGUUGGGAGAACUGUCUAUGCUAGGUUAUUCCAGUGGAGAGGUUGGUGGGUUGGUUGGGAGAACUGUCUAUGCUAGGUUAUUCCAGUGGAGAGGUUGGUGGGUUGGUUGGGAGAACUGUCUAUGCUAGGUUAUUCCAGUGGAGAGGUUGGUGGGUUGGUUGGGAGAACUGUCUAUGCUAGGUUAUUCCAGUGGAGAGGUUGGUGGGUUGGUUGGGAGAACUGUCUAUGCUAGGUUAUUCCAGUGGAGAGGUUGGUGGGUUGGUUGGGAGAACUGUCUAUGCUAGGUUAUUCCAGUGGAGAGGUUGGUGGGUUGGUUGGGAGAACUGUCUAUGCUAGGUUAUUCCAGUGGAGAGGUUGGUGGGUUGGUUGGGAGAACUGUCUAUGCUAGGUUAUUCCAGUGGAGAGGUUGGUGGGUUGGUUGGGAGAACUGUCUAUGCUAGGUUAUUCCAGUGGAGAGGUUGGUGGGUUGGUUGGGAGAACUGUCUAUGCUAGGUUAUUCCAGUGGAGAGGUUGGUGGGUUGGUUGGGAGAACUGUCUAUUCUAGGUUAUUCCAGUGGAGAGGUUGGUGGGUUGGUUGGGAGAACUGUCUAUGCUAGGUUAUUCCAGUGGAGAGGUUGGUGGGUUGGUUGGGAGAACUGUCUAUGCUAGGUUAUUCCAGUGGAGAGGUUGGUGGGUUGGUUGGGAGAACUGUCUAUGCUAGGUUAUUCCAGUGGAGAGGUUGGUGGGUUGGUUGGGAGAACUGUCUAUGCUAGGUUAUUCCAGUGGAGAGGUUGGUGGGUUGGUUGGGAGAACUGUCUAUGCUAGGUUAUUCCAGUGGAGAGGUUGGUGGGUUGGUUGGGAGAACUGUCUAUGCUAGGUUAUUCCAGUGGAGAGGUUGGUGGGGAGAACUGUCUAUGCUAGGUUAUUCCAGGAAAAGCAACAAGAGACUAGGUGAAGCUAUGCUGCAAAUGCCUGAUCCUUUCCCCUUCCUGUCUGUCUGUGUUGUGAAGGUAUUUCUUUCCCCCUUGAGGCUUUCUGUAGCCAGAAUGAGACAAAGAGGGAUGAGACUGAGACGUUGUCAUAAUCAAGAUCAGGAAGUAUCUGAGCCAACUGUUGCCAUUGUUUCAGGCAGCUCCAUUCAUUGGGAGUUCAAUAGGUCUUCCAAUGCUGAUAACUUCCUGAAUAAUCUUCAGAAUGAUAACAUCACUGUCUAGUCUUUCUUCAUCUCAUUCUAGUACUGUAACCAGAAUAUGGGGAUGACCCAAUGGCAAAAAUAAAUCAGUAUUUAAUUGUAUUUAUUUAAUAUGUAACUUAUUCAGGCAAAAUGUUAUCAAUACGUGUUCAAAUUGUAUUGUAAAAAACAUAAAGAAAUUAAAAGUCUUAAUAGAUUUCCCAUC